AUGAAUGACUACCCAGCUACUGCCAAGUUUCUAACCUCAGCCGAGAGAGAAGAAGUCACUCGUCGUCUCGAGCACGAUAGAAGCUCUCUUGCCGAUGAAUUUGAUAUGAAGUACUUCUGGCACGCCGUUAAAGACUGGAAGAUCUGGGUCCAUAUGUUCAUUACCAUCGGUAUCUAUACGCCAUUAUACUCGAUCUCUCUCUUCCUGCCCACCAUCGUCAAGACUCUGGGUUACACCAACGAAAAGGCCCAGCUCAUGACUGUGCCGCCUUACAUCGUGGCCUGCUUUUGUUGUAUCACCGGAGGCUUUGCCGCAGACAAACUCAAGACUCGCGGCCUGUUCAUGAUCGGGUUCAACAUCACCGCACUGAUUGGUCUGAUCAUGCUCAUUUCCUCGCAAAACCCUCAUGUCAAAUAUACGGGCUGUUUUCUGUUUGCUGCCGGGAUCUACCCGAACGUUCCCCAGGGUGUGGCGUGGAAUGGUAACAAUAUUGGCGGAUCUGUCAAGCGUGGCGUUGGUAUAGCUAUGCACGUUGGAUUCGGUAAUCUCGGUGGUGCGAUUUCAGGGUUCAUUUACCUUUCCAAGGAUUCACCCGAGUUCACACAGGGUCAUGCCAUUUUGAUCGCCAUGAUCUCUAUGAGUACGUGUCUCUGCAUCUUUAUGACGUUGUACCUUCGACGAGAGAAUGCCCGACGCGAUCGAGAGUACAAGAGUCCGGCAGAGUACAAUGCAAACGAUAAGCACGCUGAGAGGGAAAAGGGUGACAAUGCCACAUUCUUUCGCUAUACUACUUGA